CUGCGGUUAUUAGUUAUUGAGUUUCUUCCUAACUGCAAUAUCCCCCUGCUUCUUUUCUUUCUUUUAUUUUUCAUGAGUCUCCUACUCCGGAAUUGGGCUACAAGAGAGGCGAGAGUUUAGUAUCAAAUUGGAUAUUGAUUUCAGGUAUUAGCUCUGCUCUAAGCGUUUGUGCUGUCUAGCGAGGGCAUCUCAGGAAGGUUUAAGAAUGGGAAGUGAGGACGAAGUCUCGAUGGAGGCUGCCGCCGCUGCCCGUAGAGAGCGGAUCAAGGCCCUGAGAUCUGCCCAAGAACUUCUUGAGACACCCGAGGAUGAUAAUGAAAUCCACACUUCCGAAGACCAAGAAGAAUAUGAUAAGAAUGUCCAAAUGAAAUUCCGAAAUUAUCUUCCUCAAGACAAGCAUCUCCAAGGAGGUAAACUUGCUCCUCCAGUACUACCGAAGUUUGAAGACCCUAUAGCAAGCCUACCCGCACCCGAAGAGAAAAAAGAGAAAAAUGAGGACCCUUUCAUGAAUAUUGCCCCCAAAAAACCGAAUUGGGACCUAAGGAGAGAUGUACAGAAGAAGCUUGACAAGCUCGAGAAACGCACUCUCAAGGCUCUACAUCAACUAGGGGUGAUGUUAAUAGCGGCGCUAUAGCGCGCUAUAGCGUUUAGCGGAGCGGCAGACAUGGAAGGCGCUACCAGGAGGGCUGUAGCGUGGUGUUUGGGUGUAGCGGCUAUAGCGUUGGUGCGGAAAGGUUAUCGCGGCCGCUAUAGCGGCGAGUUUUGUGGUAAACAGAGGAAGAAGAGAGGAACAGAAUAGCUGAAGAUGUCAAAAUUGACGGGGACUAAACUUAAGCUGAUCUGUGAUGGAGAACCUAAUCCACUUUUGAUUAUACCUUAUGUGAUGCACUUCUCAACUAGUUAUACUAUUACUUCUGUUGUGAUUAUCAUUAUUCUCUUUGUUGUAAUUACUAUGGUAUUAUUAGGGGUGAACAAAAAACUGAAAUCAAAACCGACCAACAACCAAUUGAAGCCACCAAUUGAAGCCGAACCGAUAAAAAAGAAAUGAAUGA